CAUCAUCAUCACUUUACUUGUCCCUCUUUACGUCUCUUUCAAUUUCUCUCCUCUGAAGAAGAAGAAUCGCUUCUCUCUCUUGGGAGGAGGCUGCCCGAUUACGAAUCCGCCCGUUCUCGUGGAGAUCCCCUGAUUCCCUCAUGUCAGGCUCUCUUGAUCGACUCGCGAGGCCUUGUUUUGAAGGGUGUUCGAGCAACGAUGAGAGAAGAGAACGGAGGUCAGAUUUCGAAGUAUCUGAGGAUGAGAAGAAAACAAGAAUCGGGAAUUUCAAUUUCAAGAAGAAAGCAGCGAAAGCUUCGAGCAAACUCAGACACUCGCUGAAGAAGAAAAGUAGCAGCAGGAGGAGAAGCGGCGAUCGUAAUUUCUCUCUCACCAUUGAAGACAUUCACGACGUCGAGGAGCUGCGUGCUGUUGACGAGUUCCGUCAUUUGCUCGUCUCUGAGAAUUUGCUUCCUCCUACUCUUGAUGAUUAUCACAUUAUGUUGAGAUUCUUGAAAGCUAGGAAGUUUGAUAUUGGGAAAACUAAGUUAAUGUGGAGUAAUAUGAUUCAAUGGAGGAAAGAUUUUGGCACAGACACAAUUUUCGAGGAUUUUGAGUUUGAAGAGUUAGAUGAGGUUCUGAAAUACUACCCUCAUGGUUAUCAUGGUGUUGACAAAGAAGGAAGACCUGUUUACAUUGAAAGAUUAGGACAAGUUAAUCCAAUUAUGCUCAUGCAAGUCACUACAGUUGAAAGAUUCAUUAGGUAUCAUGUUCGGGAGUUUGAGAAAACUAUCAACAUUAAGCUUCCAGCUUGCUGCAUUGCUGCUAAGAGACACAUUGACUCUAGCACAACUAUUCUAGACGUCCAAGGCGUGGGAUUCAAGAACUUUUCUAAGCCUGCGAGGGAUCUCAUAAUCCAGCUGCAAAAGAUUGACAAUGAUAACUACCCUGAGACACUUCAUCGUAUGUUCAUCAUCAAUGGUGGUUCUGGUUUUAAGCUAGUUUGGGCCACAGUGAAACAAUUUCUUGAUCCAAAAACAGUCACGAAGAUUCAUGUUAUUGGUAACAAGUACCAAAGCAAAUUACUUGAGAUGAUUGAUGCAAGCCAGCUGCCAGAUUUUCUUGGUGGCACUUGCACCUGUGCCGAUCGAGGUGGUUGUAUGAGAUCUGAUAAAGGUCCGUGGAAUGAUCCAGAGAUAUUAAAGAUGGUUCAAAGUGGUGGACCGCUCUGCAGACAUAAUUCAGCUCUAAACAGUUUUUCUCGUAUGUCUUCGAGCGAGAAGCCAUCUUUUUCUGGGAUAAAAAUGAGUGACACCUCCACAGCGGAAUCAGGGUCUGAAGUGGAAGAGAUGGCUUCUCCAAAAGUAAAUAGAGGGAUUCGUAUUCCCAAGCUGACUCCUGUUUGUGAAGAUAUUAGGGCCAAUAGUAAAGCAAAUCCUACUGAUUCAUCAGAGUAUGAUUCACCAAUGGUAGACAAAGUUGUGGAUGUUGCUUGGAUGGCCCAUGAAAAGCCAAAGGCCUCAGAAGGUUCAGACGGUACUCCCGGUUUGGGCAAAACAGGAUUGGUUAGUCAUAUCUGGAUGUGGCUAACCGCGUUCCUUGUAAACUUGCUUACGCUUAUCACAGCUGUGGCUGUGCCACAGAGUAAAAGACACAUCCAGUCUGCAACUUCAGUUCAUGAAACAAUCGCUAGAGAGUCUCUUCCUCCUUCACCGGCUGUUGCGACUAUCACGGAGAGAAAUGUGUUUUCUUCUGUUGUUAAUAGACUAGGAGAUCUUGAGAAACAGGUUGAAACACUGCACUCGAAGCGACAUGAGAUGCCUCCUGAGAAAGAGGAGUUGCUUAACACAGCUGUUUAUCGUGUGGAUGCACUUGAGGCAGAGCUCAUCGCUACCAAAAAGGCUUUGCAUGAGGCUUUAGUGAGACAAGAUGAUCUUUUGGCGUACAUAGACCGAGAAGAAGAUGAGAAGUAUCACAAGAAAAAGAAGGUGUGCUGGUGAAGAGAGGAGCUUGGGGUUUGGUUAUAUACGAAAUUACGAGAAGUGGUGAUACGACUCUGCAUUCUGAGUAGGUUGGUAAUUUCGUAUACACCACCAAUCCCUAUAUAGAAGAGAACAAUGUUUAUAUCCGAAUUUAGGUCUCCUAAGCAAAGAUUUGAUUACUUUUGGGGGAAAAUCAGAAAACUGUUUUUUUUUUUUUUUUUUGUGUUGAUAUUCAAAGUACAUUUUUAUUUAUUAUAUCAGUGACUAUUUUCUCUCACUUCCGUCUCUGCAUUGCUUCCGUCGCUAUGAUCAUAA